AGAUAGGGAUGAAGGGAAGUGAUUGGGUGAUCUUAGGUGGCGAAAUCAAGGGGUGUUGAGUGUUGUGUAGGAGUUAUACGGAUUAGUGGAGCAUCAUGGAGGCGGGAGUAUGUAUCAGUGUACGCAUUUUUCAUGAUAGAUUAAUUUGUGGAAAUAUCAAAUCAGGUUAUGGGGCAUCAGGGGUCGAAUGUGAGGGAGGAGAUCAGCAGGUGGGAUUCACCCCUGCAUUGCGACAGGACCGGAGUCCGAGGCCUGCACGCUUGGCAUCGCGUGAGCGUUUGGCCUCAUUUGCCUCAGUUGCGAGUGUCAUAAUAUUAAGGUACGCUGAGUUGCAGCCAGUGCAUGUGAGGAUGUCGUCCUAUGGUGCAGCGGUUGGUUUGCAUCAUGCCUUCACUGCUACACAGAUGUCCAGAUGCUCAGUGGGCAUGCCAAUAGUGGGAGGAGUGGAGUUCCGGAAGCCAAGGGGUCAUGUCCCUGGCGCUGGAUGUGUGAAGCGCAGCAGCAGUGACGUCUGUAGACAUGUCGUGGUUGCAACAGAGCAAAGUGUCCGGGCAAUUCGCAACAGCAGCACCUUCAUGGAGAUGGGUAGUGGCAGUGACGAAAAGGUAGUAGAAGAACAGCCAAGGGAGGAAUCAGCAAGUGGGAGCUCCGAGGAGGUAACCACCAAGUCUACAUCAAGAGGAAGGAUUGGCCUUGGACAUAGGAUUGGGGCUGUGACAGUGGCUGCCGCUGCAGCUGCAGCUAUGGCUGUUUGCGUUCUACAUCCUGUUGGCAAUGUGGCCCUUGCCUACAGAGGAGGUGGUCCUUAUGGACAAGAAGUGACUAGAGGUCAGGAUCUGACAGGCAAAGACUUCAGCGGGCGGGAUCUGACAAAACAGGACUUCAAGACCUCCAUUCUGCGGCAGGCAAACUUCAAGGGUUCAAAGCUACUAGGGGCGAGCUUCUUUGAUAGUGAUUUGACAGCAGCAAAUUUGUCAGACACUGACCUCCGUAACGCCGAUUUCUCCCUUGCAAGGGCACCAAGGGCCAAUUUCACCAAUGCAAACCUUGAAGGCGCAUCAGUGACUGGGAACACGUCCUUUGACGGUGCAACAAUCACUGGGGCAGACUUCACGGAUGUCCUCUGGAGAGACGAUCAGCGGAUGAAGCUGUGUACUGUGGCUGACGGUGUGAACACUGUCACGGGAAAUAGCACGAGGGAGACCUUGGGCUGUGAUUAAGGUAAAUGACAGGCCGCUUUCUUCUAACUGCAGUGGGCAGAAGCCCGAGCCGAGAAGCAAUUGCAGGCAACACGUCACCCCCCCCUUUCUGUUGUUGUCACCAUCCUUACAGUUUAAUUCCAAAUGAUGAAGGAAGAAAACCAAGGGAAAAAAUGGGUCAUCAGGAUUUUACAUAUGCUGGCUGGCUGGCUGGCCGAUGCCUCAUUAUCAUGUCUUGUUGUCCUGCUGCUGGACCAGUUUUUCUUUGCCUGAGACAUUGCCAACCAAUUGGUUGAUUAGUGAAGACAGUCAGCAAUGUGAUACACUCUUUUCUUUUCUGGAGAUAGGGGCUUAUCAGGUCGACCUUGAACUGCGCACAGACACAGGUGAUUCAUCUCCCAAAGGCGCUGCCAAUUGCUUCUCUCAGGAUCAGCAGAGGGAUUUAUCGGUCAGAUCCGUGUCAUGCCUGGUCUUGCAUGAUGGGGCGCUGAAGAGGCCAAGAGUCCUCACAUUCUGUCAUACAUCCUCGUCUCCUGUCAUUCCCAUGCUCCUGAGAGACUAUGCAUGCAUUUCCCUGGGGUUAGGGUUGAAAGCGGGAAACUGAGGCGCAGCAGGGGAAAUCUGCACGUGCGUCUUUGGGAUUAGGGGGAGGGAGGGAAAGGAGGGACCAAAGGGGACAUGCCAAUCUCUCAUCCACGGCAUGUGGAGACAGAGGAGAGAAAUGUCCAGUUCCUGGCAUGUUCUUGGUAUUACUAAUGACGGUGACCAUACCUACAUUGUAUGUAUUUAUGCAUGGAUGUUGAUUGUCAAUACUUCAUAAACAACACAACAACCGUCCGCUGUCUCUAUUUUGUACAAAAACUUUUUUUUUUUUUUUUUUUUAACCAUCCCUUGCGGGUGCUAGAGGUGUUAAUGAGAGCAAUCACUGCUAGCCCCCAAGGGAGACUCCACCUAUUAAUGGGGAGCAUCACCUGCUCGAAAGUGGGUCCAGCGUCCCACAUACAACCAGGUCCGAGAUCGUCUGGGGAGAGCAGCACUGAGGCCUGCCACCAUUGGUUGUGCUGGGACCCAGGGGAUUGACUGAGCAGGCGUGUACAAGAUGUAGUCUUUGAGUUGCUAAUAUUGCCCGUCCCCCAGCAAAACAGCUGGGGAAUGAGAAUGCUUAGGAAAGUUCUGCCUCUUCAAUCUCCUACAAGAUGCCAAAUUCAACUCUAUUGCACCAGCAGCUUUCUGUCCUUCCUUUUCUCUCAUUCUCAUUCCCCCUCGUGCCAUGAUAAUCGCACUAUAGAAAGCUCUGGGGGAGGGAAGAGUUCUGGGAAGUCUGAGAGGGGUCUCAAUGGGACAGUGGGGUCUGAGAGUGUCCAAUCUCGGAGAGAGAGGGUGUAGUCUCUAACUAGCAUUUCCUGUUUCUCCCCAUCCUCCGGUUCCUCCCCAUUCCCCCCUUUCCAUAUCAUUGUUGCCAUUCUGCUCCCUUCUUCCCCCCCCAGCCAAUCUUUGCUGAAAUUUUUAGUGAUUGUGUGGAUUUCUUUUUUAGAGUUGAUGAAUGUCAGCUUUUCUUUUGCUGAGUCCCACUGUAUUGUUAUCUCUGUCUGUAUGUGCUGCCUGAUUCAGUCUAUAAACUCUGGCCCAUCCUGUCGACUUCCUUCCAUUUCCAUUGUGCAGUAGCACCACCAUAUGGCCCACAUAACUGCUUUCUCCCUAUGUAAAACAUAUUGAGUUCGUAGUCGCUCAGUUGGUCUGGGUGCCAGGUCUCGCAGAGUAGAGCUUUCCAGUCCCAGGGCCAUUGCGUGGAGAUAGCUGGCACCUGAUGU